AUGGACAUCAUACAAGACUAUGCAUCGCUGCUCCCGCGCCUCCUCCCGCCCUCUCUCGCCAACCCCGUCCUCACCCUCCUAACCACCACCCUCGGCCUAGCCCGCACCCUCCAAGCGCACCUAACCCCCUUCCUCACGCGCCUUAUCACGCAACCCGACGUCGCCUCGAUCCUGCUCCUACUCGUCGCGCUCUUCAUCAGCAUGAAGGUUCUCGACAUGAUGUACCGCGCCGUCCUCUUCUGGAUCAAUCUUGCGCUGCGCCUGGCAUUCUGGGGCGGCGUCCUGGCGCUGGGCAUGUGGGUGUGGACGAGGGGUCCCGAGGGCUUCGUCGAGGAUGUCACUGGGUUGACCGAGUAUUGGUUGGCGGAGUAUAGGCGGUUUAGUGGGGAGGUGGAGGGGUUUCGGAGGCAGAAGGAGGAGCAGAUUAGGUUGCAGGCGGCGAGGAAGGGGGCUGGGAGGGGCUGGCGGUAG